ACACUUGCCCCGCUGCACACGCGGAGCCCAAGGCGGGGAGUCGCCGCCCAUCAGCAACCGCCCGCCGAGCCUGGCUGGCCCCGGUGCAGGCAGCAGCGGGGACCUGGGUCCUUUGCAGAAGCUGCGCCUCCCCCCACCCCCCCGUCCUGUUUCUGCGGUUUGGAUGCGGAUGAGAGCGGAGGAGCCGCUAGCGAGCAGCAGCACCACGCAGCCCGGCUGCAGCGGGCGCUGAGAGGGCGGGCGCCUGCCUCAGUCAGCAGCCGCCGCUUCGCUCGGCUCCCACCCCGGACCAGUGGCUCUAACUCGCUCCCGUCCCCGCGGCUUGUCCACCCGUCUCAAACUUUCAGCCUGUCCCCGCUGCCGGGCAGAGCCCGGCUCCACAUCCAUGGUGGAGGCGAUAGUGGAAUUUGACUACAAGGCUCAACAUGAUGAUGAGCUGACAAUCACAGUAGGUGACAUAAUCACCAAUAUCAAGAAAGAGACUGGAGGCUGGUGGGAAGGACAGCUCAAAGGCAGAAGAGGUUUGUUCCCUGACAACUUUGUAAGAGAAAUAAAGAAGGACAUGAAGAAAGAAAGUAUUGCCAACAAACCACCAGAGAAGCCGAUGGAUGAAGUUUCCAAUGGAAGCCCUUUACUGUUUUCUGAGACAAUUAGAACCACCAGAAAAGGGGAGAGAAAUAGGAGGAGAAGAUGUCAGGUGGCUUUCAGUUACAUGCCUCAGAAUGAAGAUGAGCUGGAGUUAAAAGUUGGUGACAUCAUUGAAGUGAUGGGAGAAGUGGAGGAGGGCUGGUGGGAAGGAAUUCUCCAUGGAAAGACUGGCAUGUUUCCUUCCAACUUCAUAAAGGAACUUUCUGUUGAUUCUGAGGAUGUGGAAAUUGCACAGGAGGAACAACUAAUAAAGCCAAGAAAGUCUGCCUUUCAUGGGACAGUUCUGUACAGAGUGGCACAAGCAAAGAUUGACAGCUACAGACGCUAUAACAGUUUAAGAGAUGCUACAGGCUCUGAGAGUGAUGGUGGUGACUCAAGCAGCACAAAAUCAGAAGGAGCCAAUGGAGCAGCAGCAAUCCAACCCAAAAAGGUCAAGGGGAUUGGUUUUGGAGAUAUCUUCAAAGACAAACCAAUAAAGCUACGACCAAGGUCAAUAGAAGUAGAAAAUGACUUUCCACCAGUAGAAAAGACUGUUGGGAAGAAAUUACCUCCAGCUACUGCAGCUCAAGAGCCAACGAAAAUAGAAAUGGACAGCAGAACCAAGAUCAAGGAGUAUUGCAAAGUAAUAUUUCCGUAUGAAGCACAGAAUGAAGAUGAACUAACAAUCAAAGAAGGGGAUAUCGUCAUACUUAUCAAUAAGGAUUGCAUUGAUGCAGGCUGGUGGGAAGGAGAACUCAAUGGCAGGCGUGGAGUGUUUCCAGAUAACUUUGUCAAGCUUCUUCCCUCUGAUUUUGAAAAAGAGAGACCUAAGAAACCACCACCUCCGUCAGCUCCUGUCACCAAACAAGGGUCAGGUACCACAGACAGAAAACAUGAAAUCAAAAAGGUACCUCCUGAAAGGCCAGAAUGUCUUCCUAAUCGAACAGAGGAGAAAGAAAGACCAGAAAGAGAGCAAAAACUGGUAGAUUUGCACAAGCCUUCAGUCCCUGCUAUACCUCCGAAGAAACCUCGACCACCAAAAACGAACUCUCUGAACAAACCUGGUACAUUGCCCCCAAGACGACCUGAAAGACCAGCUGUGCCUCUGACGCAUACAAGGAAUGAUAGUACAAAAGUAGAGUUAGUGAGCAGUACGGUAUCCGGAAUCUUGGAGAAGGACUCCUCAGAAAGAAGCAGUGACAUUGAUCUGGAAGGUUUUGACUCUGUAGUACCAGUUGCUGAGAAGCUCAAUCAUCCAACUACAACCAGACCAAAAGCUACUGGCAGACGACCUCCAUCCCAGUCACUCACAUCUGUAUGUUCAUUUUUUCUUCCUUUUUUUUUCAAAUUACUUUCUGAAUUUUUUUUUCUUGAAAGAAAUAGAAAGGGGCAAUUGACAUAAAACUCCAUGUCUUAUACAUCACUUGCACAUCAACUAUGACUUUUAGGAAACUCUUGUUCAACAAGUUACACCCAAUAAACAGUUUGUCUCAGAUGAAGGAAUCUAAAUGACCUGUUGGUUGUGCCCGGGGUCACUAUUUAAUAGAUCUGAAAACCCAAAAGACACUUCCUGACAUCUCCAGAUACUAAACAUGUGACUGGUAUAGGUCACAGCCAGAUAAGUUCAGGAGCAACAACAAUUAAAGAAAAUGAAGAAAUGAAAAUUAAAGACAGGAAAAGAUGGAAUUGAAGGGAUUGAAGAAGGGGAAAGGAAGAAUUUCAGUAGCUACACAUGAAUUGUUUCCAGUUAUAAUAUAAUAAUGUAAUGUAUAAUAAUGUAAUGUAAUGAUUUCCUAAUAACAGGCCUUCCCUCACUUAUCAUGUACCCAUGCAAGUACUCACAAUGAUAAAAAGACAACCUAUCCACUAUUCAUACAUCCUGUUCAAUUCUGUUACCAAGCAACCCACUAGCUGCAGUUAGCUCUAAAUAAUGUAUUUGUGUUUACUUUCAUCCAACAACCAAUGACCCAAAGGACCCAGAUGUGUAUCAGGGCCAGAUUAAUUUUGAUAGGGGUCCAGGUCUGUUAUAGUUUUGGGAGUCCCUCUUUGCAUAUUCAGUUUCUUUCCGUCAUUGUUUUACCACCACCUCUGUCCAAUGCCAAAGAAUCAGUUGUUAAAUUACCUUGGUUAUUUCAGUUUUCUUUUUUUACCAUAUGUGAUAUGGUAAAGCUGAAUUAAAGUUAAAAUGAACAAAACCAUUUUAAUUUGGGGCCAUCACUAGUAGUAAGGCUUUAAUUACCUAAUUACCUAUAGCAAUGAUAUUCAGUUACAUUGUCUGAUGAGCCAGAUAAGGCAAAGUCCAAAUCUUGGUGGGCCAAAGGGCUCUUCAGGUGUUUGCUCUCUAGUGAAACUGCCACUGGCCAGGGCUCACAACCUUUCAAGAGUGGUGUGCCCAAUUGUAUUUACUAAUCUCAAAAUAAAAGGUUGAGUGAGCCAGUAGGCAACAGUGCAACAAAAUCUUUCAAGCAAAUAAUUAUUUAGAUUCACUGUAAUGCUAUUAACACAGCAUGCUAUUUAUAUUAAUUCUAUUG